AUGGGCGGGUGGUAUGUUGGGGAGUGGGAAGACUGUUCCAAGUCUUGCGGCAAUGGCACGCAAGAGCGAUUGGUGUUCUGCCAGCGGCACACCGAGGUUGGCACCUUGCUGACUGCUGACUCGGAUUGCAAAUCCUCCGGGCCCAGGCCAGAACGGCUGCAGGAUUGCAGCUCCGAUGCAGAGUGUGCCUCCUGGAAAGCGGGCAACUGGACGGAGUGUGACCGUCUAUGUGGAGAAGGCACUCAGAUCCGAGAAGUUGUGUGCAUCAACCCUCUCGGUGGUGAGACUAUGGAGGUCCUGGAUGACUCUGGUUGUGAUGAAUCGACAAAACCGCCCUCCAACCAAACCUGUCGCCGCUUGCUCCACCUGUCCAUCACCAUGCCCCAAGAAGAUCCACCAGGGGCCUCCAGCGUCACCAUCUGUCCACCAGCCGUUCCUUCAUGGACCAUCAGCACGCUGCAGCGCAAUCCCACCAUGUUUGCUGGCCUUCGUACUGACGACGUUGACGACUGCCUGGACAAUAAUGACCGUUGUGAAGUUCCGUGCUCGUCGCGCAUUGAGACCCGGCAAGUGCUCUGCACCAACGAGGAAGGGAUAGUGUUCCCCAACGAGUACUGCGAUGACGAGAAGCGGCCAAACACAACCAAACCGUGUGACAAGGACGACCAGUGCCAGUACAUGUGGUACUACUCCCAGUGGAGCCCUUGUUCCAUGGAGUGCGGGAAUGGCAUGCAGACCCGCAAGGUGUUCUGUGGCAUCUUUAUCGACGGGAGCAUCAUCGAUGUGACGGGUGACAACUGCAACCCAGCAGAACAACUAAACUCAACUCGGGAGUGUACUGUGGAGGCUGUCUGUAAUGACACUUGGGUCGCUGCUCCCUGGAAUCAGUGUUCAACGCCCUGCGGUGGUGGUCAGCGCACAAGAACUAUCAUUUGCCACGUCAAUGGGAAACCAGCUGCACCUAAGAAUUGCGAUGUCAGCAAGAAGCCCUUUGACACUGAGUCAUGCAACAUGAAUGCUUGCGACGAAGAUGAAGUGAUCCUCCUGGGAGGCUGCAAGGAUUCUAAGCAUGGCUGCUGUCCUGACGGCAUGACGCCUGCUGGUCCCAGCUUCGCGGGAUGCCCCAAGGUUACUCCUGUCGAAGGUGGCUGCAAGGCUACCGAGUUUGGUUGCUGCUUGGACGGUGUGACCCCGGCAUUUGGGCCAUUUAGAAAGGGCUGUCAACAGCUGUCACUCUGCAAUGGUACAGAGUUUGGCUGCUGCCACGAUGGCAAGACACCAGCUGAGGGCCCCAACAACGAGGGCUGUCUCAUGGUCACAACUGACGCAGCCCUUUUUGUCAACUGCAGCACAGCUGAGUGGGGCUGCUGUCCCGAUGGCAUCACGGCCGCCGAAGAUGUGAACAAAACCAACUGCAUCGAAGUCAUGGCAACCAAGGUCAUCCCGUGCGCCGACUCUCAGUUUGGCUGCUGUCCCAACAACAUGACUGCAGCGGAUGGUCCCGGUGGACUCAACUGCACCAAGGGCUCGCGCACGGAAGAACCCUGCCAUGGAACGACGUACGGAUGCUGUCCGGAUGGCUCAUCUGUGGCCCAGGGACCGAACAAUAAGGGCUGCCCACCCUACUUUCAGGUUACGCCGGUAGCCAAUUGCUCUCUGUCAACUCACGGCUGCUGUGCAGAUGGCAUGACUACGGCCGCAGGUCCGGACGGGCUUGGUUGUGAGGACGAAGUCGAAGGGAGCGGGACUGAAGCAACCGACUGCGAGAACACGUUGUUUGGCUGCUGCCCAGAUGGCAGGACACCGGCAAGUGGUGCAGGAUUCGAAGGGUGCAGCGACUGCAGCAACACCACCUUUGGUUGCUGCCCCGAUGGCGUGAGCACUGCGACAGGUGAGGCCUUUGAAGGCUGUGCGGAAGGCUGUGAGGCCACCAAGUAUGGCUGCUGCCAAGACAAAAUCUCACCAGCUGAGGGACCUGACUUUGAAGGGUGCGAGAACUGCACGGAGUCGCUGUACGGGUGCUGCGAGGACAAUGUGACCUUUGCUCUGGGGCCUGACGGCGAAGGUUGCUGCGUGGCGACUGAGUUUGGCUGCUGCCAUGACAAUGUCACCAUGGCGACAGCUGACGGGUGCAUCUGCAACAUAACAGCACAUGGAUGUUGUCCUGACAACGUUACUGUUGCAUUGGGUCCCAACUUCGAGGGAUGCACCUGUGAGCACCUUGUUUUUGGUUGCUGUCCUGAUAAGAAGUCGCCAGCUGAAGGUCCCGACUUUGAGGGGUGUGUCAUCUGCACCAACACGACCUUUGGAUGCUGUCCCGAUGACGUCACUGCAGCACUGGGACCCAACUUUGAAGGCUGUGAAGGGUACGAGAGUCCAAUUCACUGUUCUCGUGCCCUGUUGUGGUACGAGACCAACUGCACAAACACCUUAUUCGGCUGCUGUCCCGACGGACUGGCUCCAGCUUGGGGCAUUGGCUUCGAGGGGUGUGACAACUGCAGCGAGUCGCUCUACGGAUGCUGCGCAGACAACACUUCAUUUGCCCUCGGCCCAGACGGCGAGGGCUGUUGCUUCCAUACCGAGUUUGGCUGCUGUCUCGACAACAAAACGGAAGCACAGGGACCCGACCGGGCAGGCUGCAGCUGCCAUACGAAGCCACACGGCUGCUGCCCUGAUGGGAUCGCCACUGCUAGCGGCCCCAGGUACUACGGAUGCACAUGUCACAACUAUCCAUUUGGCUGUUGCCAAGACAAGCACACACCGGCCGGCGGUCCCAACUUUGAAGGGUGCAUCUGCUCUCGUCUGCUGUACGGUUGUUGCCCAGACGAUGUCACUCCCGCUGAGGGUCCUGAUAUGGCAGGCUGUCCGUGCCAGAUCACAGAGUUUGGUUGCUGCCUUGACCAACGCACUCCUGCCCGCGGACCCAACCUGGCCGGGUGUGGCUGCGACACCAUGCCUUACGGCUGCUGCCCUGACCAACGAACACCGGCCCGCGUACCUGGCUUUGGUGGCUGUCCAUGCACAGCGAUGCCAUAUGGCUGCUGCCCCGACCAACACACUGCUGCCACAGGACCAGAUGGCAGGGGCUGCGAGUGCGAGAAGCUGCUCUAUGGCUGCUGCCCCGAUGAUCUCACACCAGCCACAGGCCCCAGCCUGACUGGCUGUACGUGCCACCAUUACCCUUACGGGUGCUGCCCUGACGGACAAACUCCUGCUCGAGGUCCUGAAUACGAUGGCUGCACCUGUGCCAUGACUGCCUACGGUUGCUGCCCCGACGGGGUCACUGCCGCCAGGGGGCGCAAUUUCGAAGGCUGCCAAGGUGUGUGUGGCCUACGCGAAGAGAGCGGCCCCUGUCACAACUAUACGGUCUACUGGUUCUUCAGCGUCACCGAUGGUCGCUGCAACCGUUUCUGGUACGGUGGUUGUGAGGGCAAUGGAAACCGGUUCAACUCAGAGGACGAGUGCAAGAACACCUGCGUCACACCUGAAGGACCUGGUGAGGAAAGGGGUCAAGGCAUGAAUAUGACCGAUCUCACACUCAUGGCACUGUUCAAACUGUGGGUCAUGGGCAAAGAGCAGGGAAAGAAUGCCUGCCUGCUUCCAAAGGUGAUUGGUACGUGCGACGGCCAGUACCAGCAUUGGUACUUCGACGCGACCACUCGCUCCUGCGAGUCGUUCAUGUACGGAGGUUGCCUCGGAAACAACAACCGCUUUGCCAGCAAAGACCUGUGCGAGCAGACCUGCCUGCACAAGAAGCUUGACCCGUGUGAGCAGUCGGCAGCACCUGGACCAUGCAGGGGUUCGUACAAGCGGUUCUACUACGACCGGCAGGACAACCAGUGCAAGCGGUUCAAGUAUGGUGGUUGCCAGGGGAACGCAAACAACUUUGCCUCAGAAGAGGAGUGCUCAGAACGAUGCGUCAGGCUUAGCGGACAGAGCAUAUGCAAGAAAACGGUUGACCCCGGCGACUGCAAUGAGGUGCAUGAACGGUGGUUCUACGACGCACAGACCGGCGUCUGCCUGCGAUUCGUGUAUACUGGCUGUGGAGGCAAUAAGAACCGGUUCAAGUCGGCCGAAUUCUGCAUGAAGUUCUGCUCUGGGGUUACAAAGGACACCCCCGAAAACGAAGUCAGUGAACCCGACUUGGACGGCGGUAAACAGAUGCCACCAUCUUCUCGGAAGCACGAGAAAUCGGACGAGGAGUUGGACCCACGUGUUAAGCCACCGAUGGCGGUCACGCCGUUUCCGGCACUGUUUCCGUUGACUCCAGCAGCUCCACCACAGACACCAGCACCGGAGUGCCUCCCGUCAAACUGCGAGGACCUGCAGUGUCCCCUUGGGAAGAACCAGACGGUGGACCACCGUGGUUGUGUCCAAUGCCGUUGCAGCAACCCUUGCGAAACCUUUUCGUGCCACGAAGAAGAGCUUUGCAGGAUUGAGGCAUAUCGAAGUGCCGACGGCAGCGCCAACUAUCGUCCGGUGUGUCGCCUUGUGAACAAGCCUGGCCACUGCCCCGUAGCCGAAGUCGAGGCACAACCUGCAGCCGUGGUCCGAGCCGACUGCCGAGAUGUUUGCCGAGUGGACGCCGACUGUCCCGACGUCCGCAAGUGCUGCUACAAUGGCUGCGCUCAUGUCUGUGUCCAGGCUGUCGUUACUGAAAGUACCACCUCACACGUGUCCACAAUGACGCAGACUCCAAUUCUAACUCCUGAGCCAACAAAUGAAGAAAAGAAAAGAGAUGAAGACUGCAAAAAUGGGUCUAGGAUUAGUGAGCAUAACAUUUUUAACAAUAGGGUUCAUUGUGGCAUGACCUUAGAUUCUGAUGUAGGGUAUUACGCCGAAAACAGAUUCAUGAGUCGGUUAAUCCAAUCCAGAAUAAUCAAACUUUGGUUUCUUGCAGACCUGUCACCGCCCGUGCACCGUCCGGCAGAAAUGGCAGCACACGCAAAGCCCGAGGUGACAGCCAACGCCGGCUCUGACGUGACACUGUCGUGCCUCGACCGGCCGUUCCUGAUAAUGUCUGUCACGUGGACCUUCCGUGAUGAGUCGGUUGAGAGCAAUGAGGGGCGCUUCAAGAUCUUGGUCGAUGGCUCGUUGCACAUCUCCCAACUGACGGGCGACGACGCAGGCCCCUACCGGUGCACUGCCGAUGACGGGCGCCAGAAGGUGUCACAUGUCACCAACCUUGUUGUGUUCGUGCCUGCUACAAUCAAGCCCUCGAGCGCGACAGUGACCGUGACUGUGUCAAGCACGGCACGACUGUUAUGCUUGGCCGUUGGCCACCCGACUCCCAUCGUACAGUGGUACCGGCACGGCAAGCAGCUGCCACAGCGGAGCGCGCGCUACGCCAUCCUAGCAGACUUCACGCUCGCCAUCCAAAACGUCACGCUCGAAGACGAGGACAUUUACAUGUGCCGCGCGUACAACUACUACGGCCAGCCAGCCGUUUGGAAGGUGUCCCUCUCCGUGUUGCCAUUGAGUCGGGAGCCGGCAGUGCCGGGACGCCGCCGGCGCCGCGGUCAUGGCUCACGGGGUUCAUCAUUCCGGCGUACAGGCAGGAAAAUAUAUCUGACCGGCAACGGUGCGUAGCAACGCACAGUGGCGCGAGAAGAUGGGAGCGGUCACUCUGUACUCGGUGUGGCUGGUGCCCUGUCUUACUGCGUUGGUCAUGCUUUAAGUUAGUUGUAUGUGUGGACUUCAGGAAACUCUGUAGCUAGUGCCUCACUUCGGACUGUCUCUUUGUCCUUGGGCCGUUGCCACGGCAAGAAUGGUUUAUGUGCAUUCGAGCACAGAUUAAGCACAUUAUAUCUUCCAGAGUAGCAUGGUCUACCUUUGCAGAGUUUACAGUGUGCUCUUGAAUCACUACGGAUUGAAGAUUACAGGCAACUAUAGCUUCUUCAAUAGCUUGGUAAAGUAACGCUAAGAGUAAGGCUCUUACAGAACUACAUUUCAGGAAGCCGUCUGACAUCUUGGAGCUCAAGGAAUAUUAGAAUUUUAAUAAGAGAUACUAAAGUCUAAGAAGUAAUUUAUUGCAAUAAUAAAUUUAAGUGACACAGUUCAAGCUUCUGGCACGAGGUGCAUCACAGGAGAAUUCUAGUUGGCCUGAUAUCAACUUUCUGUAUCACAAUGUCUGUACAUAUGUAUGCACAUGCUUUUCAUAACAUAACAACAUAGACGUACGGGAUCUGUUUUCCGUUUCAUUUUUUUAUCCAGUAUUUGUGGCCAGUCGAGGGCUUGAUGCAUUAGCUCCCUGUACAACCUUAAGAGGUACA